AUGAUAAUUAUAUGCCUAAUUAUUUAAAUUUAAUAGAAUAAUAACUACUUAUACUAUAUAAAUAUAUGGAAAAUAACCCAAACGAAGACUUAGAGGAAGACUUAGUAUAAAUAAUGUUAUGUACAGUCCAAAAAUCUUAAAAAAUAACAAAUUUAUGUAUAUAUUUAUUACCUUUAUUUCCUUCUUUUUUCAAUAAAAAGGCUAAUAUUUUCCAAAACCUAUUCUAUCCAUUAAACUCUAUACUUGUUUUCGGCGAAUAAUAUAUAUAAUAAAACAGUUAGAUAUUAAAAAAUAUAAUCGAAAUGUGCUUAAAGACUUUAUUUUUGGAAGAAAAUGAAGACCAAUUAUAAAAUGUGGACUAAGGGGUACUUUUACUUUAAUAAAUAUUAUAGAUUUAUAAAUUAGAAAGUAUAGAUUUAGAGUUUAUUUUUGAGAAAAUUAUAUAGAAAAUCAAUAUGGAAAAUUUACAUUUUUUAAUAAAAAUUAGGCUUUUUGGAUGUCUUUUGA